AUGUCUCUUCACCAUGUUUUGACCCCUAUUUUCUAUCCUUCACCACAUGUUUACUACCUCAGCACGUACUUGCUUUCCUUUUAUGCAUUCAAGUGUUUCCCGAUAGCCAUUGACUGUCCUUUCACACCCGCUCAUCAUCUUGCUACUUUUAAGCUAAUUAAGUGUGUCAUUAGGACUGAUCAAGCUGUUGGCCCGCACCCUCCCAUCACCAGGGGUCUCCGUCAUGUCGCAGAUGCCCUCAGGGCAGCCGGGCAUAAGGUGGUCGAUUGGGAGCCGCCGCUUCAAGCUACCGCUAAGCGGGUCUCCUUCCUCUUAGCAGACGGCGGGAACAACAUCCACUCCCACCUCGCCCUUUCAGGAAAGCCCCUGAUGCCCGACCUCGAGGAAGCAUUCCAGCUCAAGUCGCCGAUCGACCUCCUCGAGUAUCAGAACCUCACCUUAGAAGGGCUUGAGUACGAAGCCGCGCAUUCUGAUCCUUGGAACUCGACGAGCGAGAGCGACGGCCAGAUCGUGGAUGCCGUCAUCAUGCCAGUGGCCCGGCACGCCGCGGUGAUUCCAGGCAAAUAUUAUCAUACUGGUUAUAGACGCCGCAUUGCACCGCCGGAAGCUGUGUUUCAAGCUGACGAUAAACAAACAGCCUACACCGAAAUUAUCAAUUUGAUGAACUACUCAGCGGCUGUCAUCCCCAUGACCAAGGAAGACAAGGCGAUCGACGUCGUCCCAGAGGGCGAUGAUGCCUACAGACCUCUCAACGACGUCGAUAAACAAAAUUGGGAGGCCUGUAAGUCCUUCCCUUCUCCCCCCACUUACCCUACCUUGGGUUCUAACGCCUGGCUCCGCAGAUGA